UUGGCUGUACGGUAAUCAUUGGCUUCACGAUUGUCAUACCAUUGUCGAUGAUAAUCGUGGGAACGGUGUAUAUGAAUGACUGCAAUGUGGAGAACAUACCGGAGUUUCUGUUCAUCGGCGGUAUGGUCUGGCUGUUCAAGAAUGUGAUGAACGUAUGGGCGCACUGUCGCCACUCCACAGCACUCGAGACCGAAGCCGAGGCGGCGCUCCGGCACCGGAAGCACGAGUCACUUCUCAACUGUUUCCUGUUUGGCUGGUUUGUGGCCGGCUGUAUCGUAGUCUACAGGGCAUACCUGCCGGAGUUUGAGGACAGGCUGUCGGUGCGCUACUGCAACCGAACGGUGUAUUUGUACGCCUUCUGGUUGGUUACGUCGACGUUCAUUGGCUUCGCGUUAGUGAUGACAUGCCUGUGCGGACUCACCAUGUCUGCC